AUCAUUUUUUUAGACGGUGAGGCUUCCAAAAUGGUGCUUGUAACUGUUGAGAACCCGAAGGACACAACGAAUAAACAGUUUGAAAUGUCAGAAAUGCUCAUUCCGGAAGUGGAAGAACAGAAGAAGAGCAAACCGAAGCUGACCGUGAGACUUCACAGUCUUCCCCGCUACCGAAGCGUGAUACCUUCCAUUACACUGAUCUUCAUACUCGCUAUGGGAGCUUUGUUACUCAUUGUUAUGAUAUCAAAAUUCCAUCAGUUCUUCGGUUCAGAUUGCCUGAAUGAAUCAACUACACCGGGUGACUGGACCGAUGCGAGUGGCCAGCAUCAUGGGAACGAGGGGCAUCAUUACCCAGAUGGGCGUCCGUAAACUGGGCAAGAUUCUCACGUGGCCGUCCUUAAAUAAAAAAAAAAAAGGUGUAACCGCUGUCCAGUAGUUUAUUGUGGACAGUUUUUUGUCUUGUCUCGUUAUUUUUUAAAUAUUAAACCUUUACCUCCAAAGAGUAACUCUAAACGUGAAAUAGGAUACAGUCAUAUAUUACUUGUCUUCUUGGCAAUGCUGGAUUUUUUGUGUGUACUGUUUAUGUGUAUGGAGAAUUGGUUUUAAACUACAUAUUAUUUUCUUUUCUGUUAUCUAAGUAUUUUGACACGCAUGUUUUUAAAUCUGAUUAAUUUUGUAUUCGUAAAAAAAAGUUCGCGAAGUAAAUGUAUUCAAAUGUAUUCGUAAGAUAUUCAAAUUUUGCAUAUAAUCAACAGAAACUGUGUAUUAUGAAUACAAAAAUUCUUCGUAACAAAAUGUCAAACUUUAAAAGUUUAACAAUGAGUAUAUUUUUUCCUGAUGACUUUAUUGAAAUUAAUUUCCGAAAACGAGCAUUUUAUGAUUAAUGUUGUGUUUCUUGGCAACUAGAGGGUUAGAAUAAAUGCACCCUUUACCAAUUGUACCAUUCGUUUUUCGAUCGGUCAGGUCACUCAGCAAAUUUGUACGGUACAUUUAGUAGCCAUGACGGUGGUAAGCAGUUUUGAAUGAUAUUUUCUGAAUUUACACUAUUUGAUUAAAAUGACUCAAAAAAGUAUGAUCUGAAAUAGUAUAAAAUGAUUUCAUACCAUUUGCAAUAGAACACGUCUUAUUUUUUUGCUAUUUGUUUAUUUCUAGGCAGGC